ACACGUAUUUUGUGUAGUCCGACACAGAAGGUUCAGGAGAAGACAGAGGGAAAAAGGUCAGUCAAAAGAAAAAAGAUCGUCAGUGUCGAUGAGUCCGGGUGGUGGUAAACCGGUCUGAGAAUGAAGGCGAUUGGCCAGAUCAUGGCGUACGUGCUAUUGGCAACUGCAUUUACAAAAAAUAUGUUUGCAAUAAGUGCCACGAACAUCAAAUUUUCAAGAGACAGCAACAAAAUCGCACGGUAUAAUACAACGAAAUUAGAGAUGAUCUCGAAUGCUGUAGCGCCUCUGAAUCCUGACACCGAUGAUCUUUGGAGUAUCCUAGUUAACACAUUCGAAAGCAAACCAGUUCAAGAUAUUGAGUCCCGUACUUUUGGGGGAAACAAAAGAUUUCAGUUCAUGCUGAUGCCGAUGAUGUACAAAAUGGGAGUGAUGAUGACAAUGUUGAUGGUAAUAGCAGCAAUCUCAGCGAAAGGACUUCUCAUAGGCGCUAUACUGCUACUAUUUAAACUCAGCACCUUUCUAGCGAAACUUCAUUCAGGCUGGCACGCGCCAUCACCACAACCAUGGCUAUCACCGCAACCAGUUCACCUGCACGUUCACAACGCUUUUCCAGUUCACCCACACAUUCACCCACAAAUAUACCAAAGCUGGGAUUCAAGUGGCCCCGUAUAUGAGGAUCAGUAUAAGUUUAAUAAAUAUAAUUACCAGGAAUACAUCUCAAUUUUCAAUAUGCAUAUUCAGUCAAUAAAUCAUUGUAAAUUCGAGGACAUGAAUGGGACCAAGUUCUUUGUUUGUAUUAUCUGGUUGGUAACAUUGUCAAAACUGUCAAUUCGCGCUGAAGAGAGACUGAACAAUUGCCAAAUCAGCUUCAACAAAACCCAAAAUUUGAAGAUCUUUCCAGGAAUCAAGUUUUUUUUAACGGACAGUGAAAUCAGUAUUCAUGUGAGAAUUCACGACCUACUACGAGAGACGGAAGUGCAAACUGCAAGAAGCAAAGAGAAGAAGAAUAAUCCUUUACAGAAACUUGGAUUUAUGAUGACAAUGACGCCAUUUAUUAUGCAGAUACUUUCCUUACCGGGCGCCAUAGCAAACGUUAAAAUGUCACUUCUGAAGAGUAUUAUGGUGGCGCAGUUAGCAAUUGCUAUAAUGAUCUAUAAUUUAAUUAAGAGCUCGCAAGACUCGGAAGUAGUGAUCGUCCAUAAGCCGUAUCAUCACAUACAUUAUCGUCAUGGUUUUCCCGAUGACAUCGAGGAUGAAUGGUUUGCGGGGAUUGCAAUCUAUAGCCACGAUCCACUCGCCACGACCAUUAAUGAUAACCGUGCAAUUAUCUCCCAGCCGAGUCUGCAAAAUUUGCAGAGGAGAUGGUGCGAUCUUCUGUGCCUGCUGUGCUAUCUGGUCGCGCAACACCAUGCCGUCGCGGACGAUAUCAGGCCUUACGAGUUCUCCUUCAACAUUGUCGAUUUUCAGCACAGAUUUGAGAAGAAAGACGCCGAGGGACUGAUUACCGGGGAAUAUGGCUUUAUCACAGCCGAUGGUGUCUACCACGAGACUGGAUAUAAGACCGAUAAAAAUGGGGAUUUUAUUAUCACAAAACAAAGGAACCGAAAAAUAACGAGUCUGAAGGACGCGCAAGAGAUAUUCAAGGAUAGACCGGAAGCAGCGAAGAAAUUAAUCGAAGCCAUAAUGAAGGCUUGCAGCGGCUGUAAAAUACCAAUAAAGCAAGAAAACGAUCGACCAAAACCUGUGAAGACAGUCACGGAAUCACCGCUGCCGAAGAAGGUGGAGCCGAUAUUGAAGCGGAUGAUGAAGAUAUUGACAGCCAACACGUCUAUUAAGGGUUUCCCAGAGGAGAAAAAUAAGUUCAUCAAAAAGGAGGACAUCACGAAAAGUAUGGUGCGAGCUGCGAAAAAGUUGCUAUCCGAAGAAGAUAAACUCACCGUGAAUGAUCGAGUCCUGGAGAAAAUGGCAGACGAUCUGUACUAUCAGUUCAACUAUACGAUAACGUCGCACGGCCAUCACGAGGACGGCUAUCGCAGCGGAAGGAAGAACGGUAGCUAUCGGUCUCCAAAUGAAAACGGUAUCGACACACAGGUGAGGUAUCUGUCAAACGAAUUCGGGCAUCAGCCCAACAUCACGUUCGUUCCGCAGACGUACGCGGCUGAUGAGAAACACGGUCUCAAAGGAUACUCGUUUCGUUGGUAUUGGUCGUAAAUUCGCAACUUUAUAUGUAAUGCGAUUUUACUUUAAUCAAGAUUUAUUACUUAUAAAUAUGCUAACAUUUAUUUAAAUAGUAUGAGCCACGUCUAGAAAUUCACAAGUUUCUAUUUUUUGAGGUUUAUCGUUUAUUUGAGACAAAAUAAUUUAA